CCAUCAGGCACAAAAUUGCAGUAGGACUGUCUGCGAGCGAAGCAGCAAGUGUCGAUAAAGGCUAACGGUUGGAGCUAACCUGUGUUUGUAUCCACCCCAGUUUUGGGGUGUUAGUUCGAUAUUAGUUUUCUGGCUUUUUUUGGGCCGGUUUUAUUUGCCAAAAGAUGCAGAAAUAUGAAAAGCUUGAGAAAAUAGGAGAGGGUACUUAUGGGACUGUUUUCAAGGCUAAAAACAGAGAAACACACGAAAUUGUGGCUUUAAAAAGAGUCAGACUAGACGAUGACGAUGAGGGGGUUCCGAGUUCUGCUUUGAGGGAAAUAUGUCUUUUGAAGGAACUAAAGCAUAAAAACAUUGUCAGAUUACACGAUGUGUUGCACAGUGACAAGAAGUUAACCCUGGUCUUUGAGUAUUGUGAUCAGGAUUUGAAGAAAUAUUUUGACAGCUGCAAUGGAGAUCUAGAUCCUGAAACUGUGAAGUCAUUCAUGUACCAGCUGUUGAAAGGUCUAGCUUUCUGUCACAGUCGAAAUGUCCUUCAUAGAGACCUGAAGCCUCAGAAUCUCCUCAUUAACAGAAAUGGAGAGUUGAAGCUUGCUGAUUUUGGGCUGGCCCGAGCUUUUGGUAUUCCAGUGAGGUGUUACUCUGCAGAGGUGGUGACUUUGUGGUACCGACCUCCAGAUGUGCUGUUUGGUGCUAAACUUUAUUCUACCUCCAUUGACAUGUGGUCAGCUGGAUGCAUUUUUGCAGAACUGGCAAACGCCGGGCGCCCUUUAUUCCCAGGCAAUGAUGUCGACGACCAAUUAAAAAGGAUCUUCAGAUUGUUGGGUACACCAACGGAGGAGCAGUGGCCAACAAUGACAAAACUUCCAGAUUACAAGCCAUAUCCUAUGUAUCCAGCAACCACCUCACUGGUUAACGUGGUUCCAAAACUAAGUAAUACAGGACGGGAUUUACUACAGAAUCUGUUGAAAUGUAAUCCUGUCCAGAGGAUCUCUGCAGAGGAAGCCUUGCAGCACCCUUACUUUGCCGAUUUCUGCCCACCAUAAAGGCUGCGCUGCCCCCGCCGAGCUGGAGCUGCAAGAAUGAAUAAAUAAUCCUUCAACCUGUCUGGUAGUUAGGACUCAUUCAAAUAAGGCAAAUCCCCCGACUGGCUUUCAAACGCUUCGCUUUUGCCUCUGUGUGAAGCAAAGCCUCAGUGGUACUUUAUUUUUUAUUUUUUUUUACAUUGGAACCAUUUUAUACAUGCUUCCUGAUUUACAACAUUAGAUACAUUCUAUAGUCUUUAAUUUAUUUCUCUUUUUUCCCCCCUCCAAAAUCAAUUUAAGACCAUAAAAUAAAGAGAAAAAUUGCAAGUUGCAGUGUUUACAGUUCACUUCAUAACAUGGUACCAGUUUGCCAUGAGCUAAAUUACUUUAAAACCUAAAGCAUUGGCUUUUCAAAUGAGGUGAACUCAUUUUGAGUCCUCAUGCAAAAGCAAAGAAAUGAAACCCUGCAGGAAAUGAGUCUGAAAAAACUGGAUGUCAUUGGAGAUGUUUCGGACGAAUCGGAACAUUUUUUUUAUUAAAUACCUUCCUGUCCAGUAAUUAACUAAGACAGCUACUUUUAAUCGUUGUAGACGGCGGGUUUACACGACAGACAAAUGUCAGUUAGUAACUGAAAAAUGCUUCACCUUUUUGUUUAGGUUUAGAGCUUUUUUUCCUGUUAUUUGGGUUUCAUCAAAGCAAAACGGAACAAAAGACCUUCAGAGAAAAUGUUUUGUUUCUGAAAACUGAAACUGCAACCAAAUAUUCGGCCUCUAUUUAUGAACACAGAUUAUUAAACCGCUUACACUACCCCCUUCAUCCUUUUCUUUCAUCUCUGAUCCCAGUUUUCUUUAUUCCCAGAAAAAGGAACUUUUCAUUCUUUUGGUCUGGCUUUUGAUUUUCCGUUUUGUAUGGUUUUGGGGCACUUUGUCACAGAAUAGACAUGCUAAACGCUGGCAGUCCAGAUUACAGCUAAUCCUCAAUAAAAAGCCUUUUAUAUAUUUAAAUGACCAAUAGUGACACAUUGCUUUUUUUUAUCAUGUUUAUAUGGUUUACUGGAAUGCUUUUAUAAUUAUAAAUGGCAAAAAAAAUCACUAGUUUUUAUUUCCAUGUUACACAACUGUCAUAGUAACAUUAACUUGCUGCAUUUUUUUUUAAAAUUUCAAAUUUAACUGCUUUUUUUCUUAUAAAAGUGAAAAUACUGAGUGCAAUCUGAAGCAGCUCUCUAAGAAGUUAAAGUUUUACUGAUGUUGGUAAAACCAGUUGCAUGUAUUUAUUAAGGAUGUUUUAAGUACUUUUACUUUGGCAGUUAAGCAUUUUGUGUAGAGAAUUUAAAAUAAUUAUUCUUAAAUUCCACUUUUUUUCAGUAUUUAAAAUAAAAGUUGAAUGCACAUAGAUUAAGUUAUAUGGAGAGUUUGCUUUUUGUACUUUUUUUUUACAGCUUUUGCACUUUGCCUUUUUUUUGUUUUUUUUGCUUUUGCUGGUUGAAUUUGUGACAUAUCAUUUAACUGUGAGUUUAAACCAGGAAGUAUUUCAUGACUUCUGCAUAAAAAAACAUGCUUGCUUUUUCUUUCAAAGUAAAUAGCUUGUCUAUUCUGUCCUUUCAAGUGUUGUAGAAAACAUGAAUUGCAUGUUAAAAAAAAAGAAACGUGGUAGGUGUGCAAUUCCAGUAAAGAUGAUAGAGGAAUGUUUUAAAAUACAUUCACUGCUUUGCUUAACAGUUUUAGAUACAAUUGCAAUAAAUCAGCUUUUAUCUGCUUGCUUGAUUUUA